CUGCUCAAAAACAAAUAAAAUAAAAAAUUACUGUCGGUGGUAAAGUAUUCUUCUUCCCCUCAUUUUCUCCAUAGAAAAAAAAAAGUGAAAAAGAAAAAAAAUGCUCUGGUCUCAGGCACGGCAGUGAUGGUGGACGGAGGCUCACCUAAGAAGAGGAAAAAGUAGCAGGCACGGCGGCAGUCAUGGCGGACGCAAAUAUUUCGUUAGUGCUAGAAAGACUGAGAGAGUUGUUCUAUGCAAGACCUGUCAAAUUAUCUGGAAUCAAGGGCCGAAUCGAUGGUAUAAUGGCGGAGCUUGAGCAGAUGCGAUGCUUUCUAAAAGAUGCAGAUGCUUAUGUGAAGCGGAAUGGAGAUGCAGACGAUAAGGUGAUGAAUUUGGUUUCUAAAACAAUGGAUACUGUUUUUCUUAUAGAUUGUGUGCUUUCAAGAUUGACGUUUAAACUGCCUUCUUCUUCUUCGAAAAGAAAAGGAGAGAGCUUUAUAAAAUUACUAAUCAAGAGAUUUCUGUGGAUCUUCAAUGGAAGAUUUAAGUGUCGCAAAUUUAAAUUACAACUUGACGAACUCCGUACCAAAGUUGCGCAUUUGAGAUUGGGUUUACAAGACUUAGGCAUAAAAGAAUUAAGGGACGAGGGUUUGGUUGGUGAAGGUUUCGGUGUGGAGAAGCACAGGGCAGUGGCCCUGCCGCGAUCUGAUAAUGAUUUUGCUGGAUUUGACAAGAAAUUUGACCACAUCGUGACGGAUCUGAUGAAAGAAUCGGAUUCUACUCGGGUGGUUUCUAUAUGUGGAUUGGGUGGAAUUGGCAAAACUACUCUAGCCAGCGAGAUCUAUCAGGACUCUCAGAUCAAGCGUCACUUCGAUUCUUUGGCUUGGGUUACUUUGUCUCAAGAUUUUGAUACGAAAAACAUUCUGCAAAAGCUCUUAAUUCAGCUUAUUUCAGCCACAAAUGAGGAAAGGAAGAAAAUUUCAGCAAUGGAUAGUGAAAAAAUUGCAGGCUACCUUUCUACCGAGCUCAAAGGCAAGUCAUUUUUGCUUGUUCUUGAUGAUGUUUGGAACACAGAGGUAUGGGAUUGUUUAGUACCUGUCUUCCUUAAUGGUAAAACAAGUAACAGUAAGAUUUUAAUCACCACUCAUAACGAAGAGGUAGCACAUCAGGCUGCUGUUAAUCAUGAUCUUGUUUGUCUUGAUGAAGACGAAAGCUUCAAGUUGCUCCAAAAGAUUUUGAUCACCAACUGUAACAAAGAGGUAGCACAACUCCAGACUGAUGUUAAUCAUGAUGAACUCACAAAUUCAAAAUUAAAUGAAAAUAGGAUCAAUUUGGCUAAAAAAAUGCUUAAACAUUGUUCUGGAUUGCCAUUAUCAAUAUGUGUCAUUGUUGGACUUGUGUCCACAAGAAGCACAACCGAUGACUUAAAGAAGCUAAGUGAUGUUUUUAAGACGUAUCUUGAAAGAUAUAGAAUGGAGGAUGGACAAGAAGAAUUGAAACAUCUAGGUUUGUCAUGGCUACUGAAUUUGAUUUAUGAUGAUUUGCCUUCUUAUUUGAAGCCAUGCCUUUUGUAUUUCUGCCUUUUCCCCAAGGCUUACGAGAUAAAGGUAAGCCACCUUUGCCAACUAUGGAUUGCUGAAGGCUUUGUGUCAUCAAGUCCAUGGCGAAGGGGAAAUUCAUUUGAGACCCUGGAAGAUGUAGCGUAUGGAUGUCUAUGUGAGUUGGUACGCAGGCACAUAGUUCAGGUUGAAGACUCAGGUUCAACUGGAAGAAUUAGAACUUGUCGCAUGCAUGAUGUCAUACGAGACUUCUGCUUGUCCAAGGCUUCCAAUGAUAAUUUUCUACAAUCUGUUGUCUUUUCAAGCGCUGAGAAGAAUGUAUUGCAAUUCAAUCAAUUUCAAAGGCUCGCUGUUAGUGUGGACUGUCAUGCUAGUCCGAUGACUAGCUUUGGUAACAAUAAUAAUAUUUAUAGAUAUGGUCAUCUUAGAUCUUUUACAUGCACAAACUUACUACCACCACAGCUCAAACAAGUAUGGAAGCCCUUAAUCGACAACUAUCAUUUGCUUAGAGUUUUGAAGUUGGAAAAUCUCAGGAAACUUGUUCAACUGCCCAAAAGCAUUGGAAAGCUCAGGGAUUUAAGAUUCUUUAGCAUAAAGGGCAGUGGUGUUGAACAAAUAUCGUCUUCAAUUGGAUAUUUGAGAUACUUGCAAACUUUAGACUUACGAUCAACUUCAAGAUUAACCUUACCGAAUGUGAUAUACAAGCUGAAAGAACUUAGACAUUUGUAUUUACCAUGUGAAUGCACUGUCAAUGCUGAUAAAUUAUUUUUGAAUGGUCUUAGCAGCUUGCAAACCCUGAAUAAUAUUCCAGUUGACUGUUGUCUUUGGAACAGUUUGGCAUGUCUUACAAAUCUUAGAAGGCUUAAAAUGUAUGUGGACAGAAAUUUGGGGGAAAGCUACCAGCCCACAAGAGUUACAUUUAAUCAUCUUGAAUUUCUAUCUCUGAAGAAUUAUAAUGGUUCAAUCUCAACAAGAGAUAUAGUACCAAUCAUAUUAAGAUAUCCUCGAACGUAUGAAAUUCAUGUGGGACUGCCUAUAGAAAAGCUACCACAAGAUGAUCAAAUUUCUCCGAACCUUGUCAAGUUGACUCUUAAAAAUACAAGUUUAAUGGUUGAUCCAAUGGCAAUAUUGCAAAAGCUACCAAAUCUAAGGAUCCUUCACCUUGAUCACAACGCCUUUUUAGGGUUUGAAAUGGUCUGUUCAAAAGGAGGUUUUCGACAACUUGAAUCACUUUCCCUUGUGGAGCUCCUUCAUUUGGAAAAAUUGUGGGUGGAGAACGGGGCUUUUCCUAGUCUUUGCCAUUUGAAUAUUAAAUGUUGCCAAAGAUUGAUGACAAUUCCUGAUGGUUUGCAACAUGUUACUACUCUCAAGGAAAUUAUGAUUCAAAAGAUGCCUAUGGAGUUCAAAAAUAGGGUUGGUGAUGGAGGAGAGGAUUUCUACAAGGUUAAGCAUGUGCCUACCCUUCUAUUUAUAAAUACUUAAAUAGAGCCAGAUUCACAAGGUACUGGAUGAGCUGAAAAUAUAAGAUAAAACGUUGUCAGAACCUGAGCUUGGUGCCUGCAGAUGAUAGCCGCCAUUGUUUCUUUGAUUCAAUUGCUGCUUCAGCUCUGGAGAAUGACUUGAAGGCGCAAGCAAUCAAGGAAAAACAAGUAUGCUGACUUAUAUUUGUGGCCAAAAUUUCGUAGGAUAGUAAUUAUGGCUUUGUUGAAGCAAAAUAACCAAGUUCUUUUAUAGACAUCAUCAAACUGGAUGCAACAAUUUGGGGCAUCGUUACCUAAGAAUAAGUAUGAAAACUAAAUUCUGACCAAAAGAAUGAAAACUAAACCUUUUUGGUGUUUUUUAGUUGAA